AGCGCGACUUGCUGGCGGAGGGGCGGGCCGCGGCUGGGAAGUGCGGAUACGACGAGGAGGGUUCUUUCCCAGUGAGAGGAGUGCGUUGCCUUACGGUCGUUCGGUGUUCAGCGCGGUCCAGCGGUCAUGGCCCCCAGCACGCAGCUCAACGACACGGUGUCCGACGUCAGAAAGGGAAUCCGGGCUGUACUGCUCGGGCCCCCCGGCGCUGGGAAGGGCACCCAGGCCCCCCGCCUUGCAGAGCAAUACUGUGUGUGUCACCUGGCCACAGGUGAUAUGCUGAGGGCCAUGGUGGCAUCAGGCUCGGAGCUCGGGCAGAGGCUGAAGAAGACCAUGGAUGAAGGCAAGCUGGUGAGCGACGAGAUGGUCGUGGAGCUCAUUGAGAAGAAUCUGGACACGCCGCCUUGCAAGAAUGGGUUUUUGUUGGAUGGUUUCCCCCGCACGGUCAAACAGGCAGAGAUGCUGGACGAGCUGCUGGAGAAGCGCGCGGAGAAGCUGGACUCCGUGAUCGAAUUCAGGGUGGACGACUCGCUGCUGGUGCGCAGGAUCUGCGGCAGACUGAUCCACCAGCCCAGCGGUAGGUCCUACCAUGAGGAAUUCAACCCCCCCAAAGUCCCCAUGAAGGAUGAUAUCACCGGGGAGCCACUGAUGCGGCGCAGUGAUGACAACGAAGUGACCUUGCGCUCUCGGCUCGAGGCAUACCACGGGCAGACGGCACCGCUGGUUCAGUACUACGGGGCGCGCGGGCUGCACCGGGUCAUCGACGCCUCCCAGUCCCCAGACCUCGUCUUCGCCUCCAUCCUUGCUGCCUUCUCUGCUACCACCUGUAAAGACCUGGUCCUCUUUGUAUAGCUCCCCCCCUUCCUCCUUUCUUUCCCUCUUCUGCUGUGACUCCAGUCCCCCCCCCCCCCCCCCCAAAAAAAAAAAAAAAAAAAAAAAAAAAGAAAAUGGUCUUUUCAAAGGAAAAGAACCACUCUUGCAAUAUUGAGCCCUGUGGGAAUGUUCUCACAAUCUGUCCCUGUCUCUGUCUUGUCUUUUUUGCCCGCUCACCACCUCCGAGAGACCGAUUGACACCCAAGAGCUCAGCGCGGGGAGCCAAAACCGUAGCCGGUGGAUCCAGCAGUUGGUGCUCGCUGUCUUAGUAUUACUAGUGGAGAUUUAUUCUUUUCUUUCUUGUUGCAGUGUGACUGUACAGUUUCUCGCACACACUUUUUGUCCACCGUCAGCCACUGAUUGUCGAUGCCCGUAUUUGUUGCGAAGCUCCACGUUAUCAUUUCCACUUGUAGCAUGAAACUGUUUUUUA